AUAUACACUACCGCACCUAAAAUCCCAAGUCGUCUCGAAAAAUUAUUUAUGGAGAUUAUUCCGCUUCUGGAUCUCGAGUCCGUUAAUCAUUACUACUACAAUCACUAAAUUUAACUAUAGUGACGGAGGGGAACUAUGGCUGAAAUAAUUAAUGAACUGCCGGGGAAUGAUAUCCAUGACGUAGUGGAUCUGUAUAAUGAUAAUGAUAAUGAGGAAGGUGAAAGUGACCAUGCGGUGUUAUCUUCACCAGUCGUAAUUGUAUCAGGUAAGCAAUCAUCAACUCCUAUUCCAAUUGCAAGUGCAAGUCCUGUUCCAACUUCUGUUCCAAGUACUCAUCGUGAAGAGAAUUUAGAUGAACGAUUAACUGAAGAAGUUACGUAUUUAUCAACUCAAUUGAUGACAGCCAUGUCUAAACAAGCCGAAAUGGAAGAAGCCAUAGUUAGUCUAAGAAGAGAGAAUAACCAAUUAAAGUCUCAAGUUAAAACUUUAACUAUAGAUAGUGAGAAUUAUAAUUUAUUAAUUCCUCAACAUCAAAAGCUUCAAGAAGAUUUAAGUGCGAGUCAAUUAUCAAAACAGGAAGCAGAGACACAAUUUCAACAACAAUUGGCAUUAAAUCAAGUUGAAGUAGAAACUCAAACAGCACAAUUUCAAAAGGAAUUAGAAGAAAGUAAAGCUAAACAAUUAGAAGCAGAAACUGAAAUUGCCAAAUUAAGAGUUGAAGUUGAAGAUCUUACUGCAUCAUUAUUUGAUGAAGCCAAUAAAAUGGUUAGUGAUUCACGAGAGGAGACUGAUAGAUUUAAAAUUAAGAAUGGGAAAUUAUAUGAAGAAAUUGCUGAGAAAGAAACAAUUAUAGAAGAUUUAAAAGCUCAAUUAGCAUCUUUAAAAGAACUCAUUGUUCAAUUAGAUGAAAAGGAAAGACUUAAUUCAACCAAUGGUACUCCAUUAAUUGAACAAAGUGGAUUUCAACUUAAUGAUUCUUCAACCAUUACUAGUUCUACCAAUCCAACCACCACCACCAAUAAUUUCAAUAAUAAUAUAAAUGGAAGACAUAGUUCAAUAGGUUUAAGUUUAUCACCCGAAGAUACUUAUCAAGAUCAACAACUUCGCUCAAUUAUAUUUUCUCCUAAUGUUAAUUCUAUACGAUUUGAUUUAAACAAUUAUCGUCGUGAUUUUAAACAAUUUGCAUAUACAUUAAUUAAACCUGAUUUUGUAUUUGAUUUAGCAAAUUUAAGAAAUCUUAAAUAUUUUAAAAAGAUAUGGACAGAAGAAUUAGAAGUUUCAAUAACUUACGUUCCAAAUUUAUCAAUAAAUUCAUUAAUUAAUAGAUGGCAAAAGAAUAAACAUUUUUGGAAUGCAAUAGUUGAAGGUAGAGCUAUAAUUGAACCAGUUAAAGGAAUUAAUGAGGUAUUUAAAUUAGCGUAUCGAGGUAGUUUUACUGGAUCACCUAAUAAUAAUAAUAAUAAUAAUAAUAAUAAUAAUAAUAAUAAUAAUAAUAAUUCUAAUUCUAAGAAUAUAGCUCCAGUGGCAAUUAAAGAUGCUUGUUCAUUUUGUGGAGAAUCAAGAUCUGAUAUAUUAGAACAUUCACGAUUAUAUUAUCUAAAAUUAUUACAAGAUCCUAAUUUAUCAUCAUCAAAUACUUCAGAUAAUGAUGAAUUAAUUGGAAGUUAUCCAUUAUGUAAUUAUUGUUUAAUUAAAUUAAGAAAUCUUUGUGAUUUCUUUGCAAAACUUAGACAAAUUCAUGCCAAUGUUUAUAAUUUAACUCCUAAUGCAUCAUUUGAAGAUCAUAGUCAUCAUUUAAAUAAUAGUCCUACACCAACAGGAGGAUUUAGUCAAUUUAAACGUACAAAUUCUACUUCUACAUCAUUAACAACUCCAAGUGAAUCUGAAUCAACAUUAAUGAAUAGUCAAGUUUCAAUGAUAGAUGUUAAUAAACUGGAAGAAUCUAAAUUAAUUAAAAUAUAUAUUAUGUUAACAUUAAUUAGGAAUAAGAUAUUUUGGAGUAAGAUUGGAUUUUGGGAUAAUAAUGAGAAUAUUAGAGAAAUUAAUUUAAAUAAUAUUAGAUAUGAAACAUUUGGAAGUUUAGUGGGGUAUAUUCCUGAUAAUGCUAUAGAAGAGCCUGAACCAGUUACAACUCCAAUAGAUAAUAAACUUUCAAAUGUUACACUUGAUCCUGCAGCAACUGACGAAGUAUCUGAUAGUGAUGAUGCAGCAGCAUUUGCUGAUUCAUAUCAACAAUUUGAUGCCAAGGAAGCAGAUGCAGAAGCAGAGCCCGAAGAAAAUAAACAGGAACCAGAAGCAGUACCAGAAGCAGAAGCAGCAGCAGCAGCAGCAGAACAAGACAAUUCCCAAGAAAACGCGGAAUCGGAUUUAACUAGAAAACCAUCUAAAUCCAAACAAUUCAGUCAGAAAAUAAACAAUGGACUUGAUGAAACGUUGGAGAUGUUAAAAGAGAGUAUUGAACAUGCGUAAUUAUUAGUUAGAUAAUAAACAUAUAUAUAAGAUGCAUAAAAAAAUAUCAGUAAAAUAA